AAAAAAAAAAAGAGAUAUCACUGUAGGAACUAGGAAAUCUGAUGGCACACGGUCUUGACAACUUUCCCCAUAUUAUUUUCAGGGAUUUCAGGCAACCCUUAGGAAUCAAGCAAAAGAUCUGCGUCCAUCAAAUGAACACCCAGGUUAAUUUUAAUAUAUGAAUUAUAAAAUAUUAAAAAUUAAUUUAAUUAUUUUGGCCCAGAACCUUUACGCCAAAUGGGCCUUCGUGAUUUCAGACAAGCGCUCCACGUGACGCGGGGUUUCCAUCAAACGUGCCAAAAUUAUGUUUUGUCAAAAUACCAAAAUCUCCUCCAAUUAACUGGUAGACCAUGUUCCACAGCGACCUCAUUUCCGUCAUUUCAACUCAUCAGGCCAAAGGUACCUUUUUCUCCGCAACUCUGGAAAUAACAAUUUCACUACUACAAAGAAGGAACAUACAUGCAUGCCUGCUAAUUAAAUUCAUGGGCAAAAAGGUCAAAUGGAGCUGGACUUCCGCUUUCAUCGGAGCAGCAUCGGCUACGGCGGUAACAGCCCUCCUUAGCGCCAAGCCCAAAGAUCCAACCUUCCAUUUGUUCUCAAUCGACUUCACUUCCUUCAAGCUUAACCUCCCCGUCCUCGACGCCGAGCUACUCCUCACAGUACACGUCACCAACCCCAACAUCACCCCAGUUCAUUACUCCUCCACCACCAUGUCAAUCUUCUACGACGGAUCUCUCCUCGGAUCUGCUCAGGUGGAGGCCGGCUCUCAGCCUUCCAGGUCUUGUAAGUUGCUCCGGCUCCAGGCUCGGCUCGAUGGGCUCCAGCUGGCCCACCAUGCCUCCAAGUUUUUCAGUGACGUAGCUAAGCGAGAGAUGGUGCUGGAUGCUAAGGUGGAUGUUGAGGGAGCGGCUAAGGUAGUGCUGUGGGAGCACAAGUUUAAGGUUCACGUGGACAGUCAUGUGACCGUUGAUCCCCUGUUCCUUGAUGUGAUUGAUCAAGAAAACAAGUCCCAGCUGGAUCUCCUUUUUGCUUGAGAUGGAUGCUUGUAGCUUUGAAUUGGAAUGAACAAGUCUCUACUCCUAAAUAAAGGUGUUCUGUAUGUGGCAGCUGCAAAUUGAAAUUAUUGGAAUUAACUUCAACAUUUUGAUAGCAAUUUUAUGAUUUAAAGAUGUAAAUUUAAAUUAUAGGACUCAAAUACAUAACUUCAAAAAUAAA